AUGGAAACCGCCGGUGAUGAUGAUAGGAGUGUAACCCGUAAAAAGGCGAAGGGCACAACUGGAAUAGCUGUUUCCCAUUCCGACUCUAACAUAAACUCCUUUGUUACUAAUCUCUUGAAUUCCUUCAAUCUCCUGGAAGUUGACCCUUUCCGUCAAUCCGACAGUGACAAGGAGCUGGUUGACCGCGUGAUCAUGGUAUACAAUCUUCUCUGGAGAAAACUCACACAAAUUGAUGAGACAAAGUUAGCUCUUCCAGGGACAAAAAAACGUCCAGACUUAGGGGCAGGUGCUAUCUGUAUGAAUAAAGGGGUUCGUGCUAAUACCAAGAAAAGGUUUGAAUCUGUUCCAGGUGUUGAUAUUGGUGACAUUUUCUUUUUUCGAUUUGAAUUGUGCUUGGUAGGAUUACAUUUUCCAAGUAUUGCUGGAAUAGAUUUCAUGGGUGUUCCAUCCUCUGAAUAUGAAGAGCCUGUAGCUGUGAGUAUAGUCUCUACAGGAGGAUAUGAAGAUGAUGGGGAUGAUGGUGAGGUGUUGAUAUACAGUGGGGAAGGUGGGGCCCAAAGGAAAGAUAAACCGCAAACUGAUCAACAACUAACAAGAGGUAACCUUGCUCUUGAAAAAAGCUUACACAGGGGUGAUAAGGUACGUGUCAUUCGUGGUAUUAAAGAUUGUCAAUAUACAACUGGGAAAGUUUAUCUCUAUGAUGGGUUAUACACAAUACACGAAUCUUGGAUUGAAAAAGGGAAAUCUGAUUGUGAUGUUUUUAAGUACAAAUUGUUUAGAGUUCCAGGACAACCAGAAGCAUUUACAUUAUGGAAAUCAAUUCAACAAUGGAAAAAGAGUCGUGGUCCUAUUACAAGAGUUGGUGUUAAUGUUAUUCUCCCUGAUCUUUCUUCACAUGCUGAAACGUUACCUGUGUCUCUUGUAAACGAUGUUGAUGAUGACAAGGGGCCCGCUUCUUUUACAUAUACACGAACUCUCAAGAAUAAAAAUCCAUUUCCUUUGACUAAAUCUUCCUCUACUUGCACUUGCACAGAUGGAUGCCAGCCUGGCAGUAACUGCCCUUGUCUCCAAAAAAAUGGAGGGUAUAUGCCGUAUACACCUCUUGGUGUUCUUCUGACUCACAACACAGUGAUUCAUGAAUGUGGGAAUUCUUGUAGAUGCCCUAAUACCUGUAGGAAUCGGAUUUCACAGAUGGGUUUGAAGAUCCGGUUGGAGGUGUUCAAAACAAAGGAUAGAGGCUGGGGACUGAGGUCGUGGGACCCGAUUCGUUCAGGGGGGUUUAUAUGUGAAUAUGCAGGUGUGGUGAUUGAGGGUAGAAAAGGGAUUGAUCCUGAUGAUGAUUAUGUUUUUGAUGCGACUCGUGUGUUUGAGCCUGUUGAAAGUGUAACAAGUGAUGAGCAUCCAAAGUUUCCAUUUCCUUUAGUGAUUAGUGCCAAAAAAGAGGGGAAUGUGGGAAGGUUUAUGAACCAUAGCUGCUCACCUAAUGUGUAUUGGCAACCGGUUGUUUGUGAAUAUCAACAUGAUGCUUAUUUUCAUGUUGGGUUUUAUGCGAUUAAACAUAUUCCUCCUAUGCAGGAGUUGACUUAUAGUUAUGGAAAGGGACGUGUGGAUAAGGGUGGGCCCCGUAGGAAAAAGUGUUUGUGUGGCUCACCAAGGUGCAAAGGGUCUUUUUACUAA